AUGGGAUCAGUCCUGGGGCGAAGCUCCUAUAUAGAUGACAUAGCUCAUGGGGCGCCUACCUGGGACAAACUCUGUGAAGACCUUGAUGCCCUGCUAUUUCGACUCCGGUAUUGGAAUAUCUCGGUUAGCCUUCCGAAAAGCGAGUUCGGCAAACAAGCUAUACCGUACAUGUCUCACGAAGUCUGCGCUGAAGGCAUCAGAGCUACCCCGAAGAUUGCCAAGAGUGUUCAAGACCUACCUUUCCCAUCGACUCUGAAAGGCGAUUUGCCUGUUGUCGCGGCCGUACUUUAUGAGUUGGAUGAGGAUCGCAUUCGUGCCUGCCAUGAUUUGGAUAAAGCCAAGGAAGCGUUCGAGAUUCUGAAACGUAAGAUCACAUCGACGCCGCUGCUGCGUCAUCCAGAUUGUACCAAGCCGUUUGUCAUCAUCUCACAUGCAAACCCUUGGGCAGCUUGUGCCGUCCUCGGACAGGAACAUCAAGGGAUAAUUCAACCAGUGCGUUUCACAGGGCGGAUCCUGAACGAGUCUGAACUCAGGUACCACAUCGCGGAGAAGGAGGCGUUGGCGAUCCUGCGAGUCUUAGAGCAAUUCCGUCCGCCCAUCUACGGUUCAGAGACACCAACCGUAAUCUACACCCGAUAUUCAGUCCUUAAAAUUCUCCCGACAGCCUUCACCUCAGUGGGGUUUAGAAUUGUCGAAGUGACUCUGGAACUGCGCCGUGUGCAACGCGACGAAGAUGGAUUAGCUGCUAUCCUAGGUGCAGGCAUUACCCCCAGGGAGCAUCUGGACGAAGUCGCUGAGAACUUGAUCCCGGCCAAGGGGCGAGUCAAGGCACCCCCGCCAAUCAGUGUAGAGAUGCUGGAUUCUAACUUCGAAGGAUACGUUGAUGUAGUUGUGGUCAGCGAUUCUAGGAUCGUAAUCCAACAAGCACAAGGGUUGAUAGGUUGCCACCAGCCUAAUCUGCAACGUCGACUUGCUGAGUAUGAAGCUUUGAAAGUGAAAUUUGGGUCCGUACGGUUGGUCCACGUAAAACGCGAUUACAACCAGGCAGCAGAUUAUCUGACGACGAAGACAUUGGCACUCGGGAAAGCAUGGGUAGUGGAAGACGCGGACGAACUGAUGCAUCUGAAAUUUGUCUCUAGGAUCCCGGAGAAGAUUAUGAAGACGCCGGAGACCUCUCUGAAGGGCGAUCGUCCAAGUGACCUCCUGUCAGACUCUGCCCCGAGCACACCCGAGACCGCGAUACCCGUGAAUUUAGUUACGACCCGAAGUCGUUCCAGACAGGUGGCCCAAGUCGAUGACCCGGGUCGGCCACUUGAUUAUCGGGACGAACGUUGGAGACGGAUUAAAGUCCAUCAGGACGAGGAUCCAGAACUGAAACGGCUCAAGGUUUAUCUGAAAGGUGACCUGUUGCACUAUACGCGGAGGGAAGUCAAGAAAAUCGCGAAGGGUUCGGACCGAUAUGUCUUAGAUUCAAGAGACGUCCUUUAUCGUUUGGCUGCACCUUCUCUAGAACGCCCUAGGAAUAAGUGUUUUGAACUUCGAUUGGUUGUACCAGUACCCUUACGACCGGACAUCUUACACCACGCUCACGAGGAUUUCCAGAGUGGCCACCAAGGCAUCACCAGGACAUACGAGCGCCAGCGUUCAGAGUUCUUCUGGAUCGGGAUGUUCCAGGACGUCAAAAUAUUUGUCAAAGAAUACACGGAUUGCGCGUCCGCUAAGGGGCGACCUCCGAAUCCAGGACCCUCUCCUGGGAACAUUGAAUGGACUGGUCCGUUCGAUGUGAUGUCUAUGGAUUUCAUCAUACAUCUCCCGAAACCGGAACGCGGGAAUACGUUUUUACUCUUAUUUCAGGACAUGCUCACAGGCUAUGUAAUGUGUAAACCCAUGAGUAGCACUACCACCCAAGACUGUGCUGAAGCCUACGAAGAGGUCGUGUUCAGGAAUUAUGGCGCAAGUUUUGAAAUUCAACACGACCGAGAUCCCCGUAUCAUAAAUCGGGUGUUCGGUCGUUUCAGUGAGACGAUGGGUACUCAGCAGAAAGCAACACUCGCAUAUCGCCCUCAAGCCAAUGGCCAGCAUGAACGGUCGGGUCAGACAAUUAUGCACAGUAUCAGAGCGUAUGUCGAAGAACCCGACCAAACCGACUGGGAUGACUAUGCAGAGAAGCUCAUGCAUGCUAUGAAUACUUCCUUCGACGCGACUAGAUUGGAUACACCGUUCUACUUGCUACACGGGUUUGAUUGUCGGAGUACCAUAGCAGCUAUGCUGGGCCCCAAACCAACAAAUAUCACGGAACAAGAGCUCCAGAAGAAGACCAAGCGUACCCGAUCUGCGGUUCAGACUCAGAAGUGGAAGAUAAUGUCGGAACACCUUAAGUCUGGGUUCGAAGUCCGGAACGAUUUCAAGGUGAAAUUGAAGGUUCAGGACACGGGUUAUCGCGUAGAACCCUGUGUCCACAUUAGUCGCCUGAAACCACGCGCCUUGUUUCCGAAACGGCCAUCUUUAAGGAUUGACGUUUCCGAGGAAGAUGCUUUUGAUGCAGCCUUAUUGCCGGAAGAUAGUUGGGAAUCAGAUUCGGCGUAUCAGGAGUACAAAGUGGAAGAAAUUGUGGAUUUAAGAUGA